CCAUCGUUAUAGAGAAACAUGCAGCUGUUCAAGAGCGUGGCCCCGUUUCCCUAGGGAUGCGUGACAACUUAUACGAUUUAGAGCAUCAGUUAUGCAUUCCAGCAAAGUUAUCGUCCAUAGCUGCUAAAAGUAGGGUGAAAUGUUGCGAAAACCAGUGAUAAUAUUUAUCUUCUUAGUCAUAAUAGCUCUUGUAUUGUUCAUCUGCUUAUUUGUAUUAGCUUAUCUAGGAGUCAUAGGACAGACACAAAUUUGCAACACGCCAGAAUGUGCUGAAAUAUCUGCCUAUUACCGAAAAAACAUAAAUUUUGAUGUCGACCCAUGCGAAGACUUCUUCGAGUUUGCAUGCGGAAAAUGGAUCCGUGAAAAUCCUAUUCCAGAUGAUGCAACUAAACUGGAGACUUACUCUAUUUUAAGAGAUAAUGUUAUUAACCGUUUGAGAGAAAUCUUGGAGGAAAAGGGGAACACUACAGAUGAUGCGAGUCUCAAUAUAGCAAAGGAUCUUUACAAUUCAUGUGUUGAUAUAGACAGAAUAGAGGAGUUAGGCACACAGCCUUUGCUUGAAUUUCUUGUUGGAAAUUUAACUUGGCCUGUGAUAUCAAAGGAUUGGCGUGAUGAAGAUUAUGAUGAGAUUGGAACGCUCACAACGCUCCAGGGAAGCUACAGCAACAGCAUCUUAGUGAAUCUAUAUGUACACGUGGAUGAUGACAAUACUACUUUCUAUGUGUUAAAUGUAUGUUAAUACUGAUACAGAUUUUUGUGCAAAACGAAAGAGUUAAAUCAUUGUGGGUGUAUGUGUCCUUGGGAAAGACUCUUAACGGCUAUUGCUCCAACUCACAUUUGUUCAUUAAAAUUCAUUGUAGCUUGAAACUUAAGC